GUUGCGCGCGCACUCUGUUCCAUGUGCAAAGAUCAGUCGAGCUUUGAAGACUGUCUGCAUAAAAUCUCAAAACUCAACCUCUUCUACGCUACUAGUCGCCCAGCUACAGCUAUUAGAUAUAACAUUAUAUACAUCCCGUUUAAUUUACUCAUCUAAUAUUGACAGAAAACAUCGUUAUGCCGUCAAAAAAGCGCGCUCAGCCACCAAAGAGGAAAGCAGAUGGUUCGACUGAGGAAGGAAGCGGAGGAAAAAGAGCUAAAGACAAGACCAAGGAGAAGCAAGAUGUGUUCACUAGUAGUCUUGAGAGUGGGCAGGCCCUCACCCUUGGACAGGGUGAUGUUGGGCAGCUUGGCCUUGGCCCUGACACCCUGGAGAGGAAGAAGCCAGCAGUACCAAUAGACCUGGAGGGUGUGCCCAUAGUCCAAGUGGAGUCUGGAGGGAUGCAUACCGUGGCAUUGUCCAAGGACGGCAAGGUAUAUACCUGGGGCUGUAAUGACGACGGAGCAUUAGGACGUGAAACGACAUCUGAGGGCGAGGAGGAGUUUCAGCCUGGGGUUGUCAGCAUGCCUGAUGAUGUUAACAUUGUCAUGGUAUCAGCAGGAGACAGUCACACCGCAGCCCUUAGUGAUCAGGGCACAGUGUACGCAUGGGGAACUUAUAGGGAUGCAAGUGGUCAGAUAGGACUCCAACCUGAUGGCGUGAAGAAGAAACCAGCCGUCAUCUUGACAUCAGAGUCUGAUCGCAUCAUCAAGAUUGCAUCUGGGAAUGAUCACACGGCAGCCCUUACCACCUCUGGGAAUCUCUUCACUCUGGGUUGUGCUGAGCAAGGCCAGCUUGGGCGUGUCAAGGAAUGCUUCUCAGCACGUGGUGGGCGCCGGGGCUUGGCUUAUAUCCUUGAGCCUGCUUUGGUGCGCAGCAAGAAGGGUCUUAAGUUCAAAGAUGUAUUCUGUGGCAGCUUUGCUACUUUUGUGGUUGCCAAAACGGGAUCUGAUGUUUAUGCGUGGGGUCUGAAUAACUAUGGUCAGCUUGGUACUGGUGAUGUCCAGACCUGGCAUUUCCCUGUCAAAGUGAAAUCCUUGAGUCAGCUUAAUAAGAGUGAAAAGGACAAGCAUAUCACAAUUGCAAAUGGACAACACCACACUAUUGUUUGUGACCCUAACGGCAAGGUGUAUGCGCUAGGCAGGGCCGACUAUGGCCGACUUGGUCUGGGUGAUGGGGCUAAAGAGACCGCCCUACCGGCUCACAUCACGUCACUGGACAAUGAGGUGAUUGAGAAGGUUGCAUGUGGAGAGUGUGUGAGCUUUGCUGUGUCUGAUAAGGGAGAACUUUACUCUUGGGGUAUGGGUAGCUGUCUGCAGCUAGGUAAUGGUAAUGAUGAAGAUGAUGUAACAACCCCUGCUAAGGUACAAGGGAAGAAUCUUAAUUCUGAGACACAUCGGGUACUUGGAGUGUCUGCUGGUGGUCAACACACAGUUAUCCUUGCUGCAGAAAGAACAUAAUUUGGCAUUACAAACAUUUCAACCUUUGGGUGUGAUGUCUGUGAUUGCAGUGAAUGUAUGAUGGAUGGAGAUGGUGUUCUAGGGAUUGAAUCUUUGCAUGCUAAAGGACAUCAUAUCUUCAGAUAAUCUGGAUCCUUGCACAUUUCUAUGACAUCCAAGGUUUGAAAUGCAAUCCUUAACUAAGCAAACACUGUGCUUGAAACCAUGCAAAGAAGGGGCUGUACACAACCUUUUUAAAUUCUUUUUUAUUUGAUCCCUGCAGUUGAUGCAGCCAACAAUACCACGGAUGGUACAGAGAACAUUUAUUUUUAUUUUAAGUACAUGUGUUUUAUCCAUGCCAUAGCUUAGCACAGGGACGGGGCCAUAGCUAGCACAGGGGCGGGGCCAUAGCUAGCACAGGACCAGGGGGGGGGGGCAGCUGCCCCCAUAGUUCAGUAGGAAUUUACAAGACAUGAAAAAAUAGUGCUUGACCACAAGUCAACUAAAGAAACAGUGUUUUCUAGCUAUGGCCUUGCCAUUCCUACGACUGUUUGCAGUGUCACUCACUCUGUUGUAGCCACCAUGACAGUCUCAGAAUACCCACUAAGCCUAUUAGCAAGUCAAUGAAAUGCUUUGAGCAUUUGUGUCCAGACAGCAAAUUUUGCAUCACAAUUAGCUUAAUUUCUCAAAACUUUGUCUUGGUGGCUACAGGAAUGUAUAUCACACUAAGAAUAGUCUACAUAGCAAGUGUUUCCAUUGGUUUUAGUGGAAAGUUUGACCAAGCGACAACUUUGGGUUUGACUGAAAUGAAAGUGCUUGCUAUGAAGGUGGCUCGCUAAGAAGCCAUUCCUGUCUAAAUUGGUUCAGUAAUUUUGACCCUCUGUAAGUAAUGGUCAAAUGCUUAACUCAAGUAACACUAGAGUCAAACACUGACCUACACUUACAUACCUACUUCUGAUUUUAAAUAAACAAUGGAAGCAUAGAAAA